CUACUGGGAUUUGGGGAUUGAAGUGAGGCGUGGUCGGGUGCGGGGGAAGGCUUGUGGCCGCAAGCAUGUGCAUAGCUGCAUGGGCGUGGCAAUCUCAUCCUACCUACCAACUCCUCCUCCUCCUCAACAGAGACGAAUUCCAUGACAGGCCUACAAAACCAGUGGGGUGGUGGGGGGACGGUGACGGUCAGACGAUAUUGGGGGGGAGAGAUGAACUGGGAGGGGGUACGUGGAUGGGAUGCACCAGGGAUGGAAAGGUGGCCUUUCUGACGAACUUUAGGGAGCCUGACCCUUGGUCCGGUUCGAGGUCGAGGGGAGAAUUGCCAAAGAGGUUCUUGGAGGGUUUUGUCACAAUUGGUUAUAUCACUGAUUCAUGGUUCAGUUUCUCUCCAUCCAAAGGUCCUGCCUUUUGGUUUCCUUGGAGCACAAAAUGCCCUUCAGAGUUUGCAGAGGAAAUAGUCAAGGAAGCUGAUCAAUAUAAUGGCUUUAAUCUGAUAGUGGCUGAUCUUUGCACAAAAUCCAUGUUCUAUAUCUCCAACAGGCCAAAAGGAAAACCUGCUUCUCUUCUGGAAGUUCUCCCUGGUAUCCAUGUACUUUCAAAUGCAAAUUUAGAUUCUCCUUGGCCCAAGGCAGAAAGAUUGCGCAAGGGUUUCAGCGAAGUACUAGCGAGUUGCAGGGAUGAGGAACUCUGCAUGAAGGACAUUGUCAAAAAGCUGAUGUGUGACAAAACAAAGGCUGAGAGAUAUAUGUUACCAAUGACUGGAUGCAGUCCUGAGCGGGAGUUGGAAGUCAGCUCAAUCUUCAUAGAGACACACAGAGAGCAGGGACUUUACGGAACGCGAAACAUGGGUGCAUUAUCGGUUAAAACAAGCGGCGAGGUUAGCUUCUAUGAGAGGUAUAUCGAAAAUACCAACUGGAAGGAACAUGUCUUUCAGUAUCACGUACAACAAUUGUAGUCGAUCAAAAGUUCAAAAGAUGGAUGAAUAAUUGGUCAGUUUGUUUCUGACACUGGGUACUCUAGAAAGUGUUCUAGAAAAUGGCAUGAUAAGCUAUCUCUGUUAUUACAACUCUUGAUAAGGAGAGAGAGAGAGAGAGAGAGAGAGAGAACUACAUGCCGAAUCAGAUAUGAUAAGAGGAUGUUUGAGUCAAAGCAAGAUGGUUACCGUACGUCGUUAGACGUACCCUGUUGCAUCA